GAUUGUUCGUGAAAUAACGCUUUUUUGUAAAACACUUUUGCGCGCUUUAACAAUGUGCCAAACAAAGAAAUCAUAUUUUAAAAAUAACUUUAUAAUUUCUGUGUUAAUCCGCGUUAAUGAACAUAUUUAAUCAAAUUUUUAAAAGUGAUCCUUAUUCGAAUACCAUUACAUUUAUUUGAAAAACGUUAUCCUCAUGCGAGGAAACUGAUACGCCAAUUGGAAGAAAAAUGUACACAAUUCAAAUACAAUAAUUUUACCAAAUAUCAAUAUUGCUUUUGAAAAACCAAAAUGCAAAACCGAAAACCAUAUUGUGGAGUCAUAAUUCGGCAAAUUAGUGAUCAUUAUUACUAUAUAUUUGUAAACAUCACCAUACCGGUAAGUUUGAUAGGGAUGAUUUUAAAUCUACUCAACAUAUUGGUAUUUACGAGAAAGACUAUGAAUUCACCGCCGAACUUGAUACUUGCUCAUUUGGCCUUCGUAGAUUUUUUACUUUUACUAGCAAGUAUCGCACAAUUUUGGAUAAGCACCAUUCUAGCAGAAAUAAAGGAUUUUGCCCUAAGACAAUCAUACGCAGUGACAAUAGUUCGUUGCUAUAUCGACAUUUCAGUAGCCUUGUUUCAGUUUAUAUCGAUAUUCCUGACAGUGCAGUUGGCUGCAUGGAGAUACAUAGCUGUACUACAUCCGUUGAAGGAACGUCAUUGGUGCAAUAAAAAAAUUACUCGUAAUGUCCUGAUUACUGGAUACGUUCUGUGCUGUGUUCUGUGUGUCAUACCGUAUCAUUUGUCAUUUGAUAUUGAAGCCAGCAACAUGGACGGAAAAACCAAGUACACAGCCACAUUCAAGCAACAUCCCAUUAUGCUAUCAAUAAGAGACAUCAUCUAUGGACUAGUGAUGCAAUUAUUACCAUCAGUUGUGUUAGUAGGACUUACUUGCAGAAUCGUUGUCGCCUUAUUAGCGAGAAAAACUCGUCGCGAAGAAUUAACUUCAUCUGCAGGAACCCGAAGUAACAUGAAAAACGCCGAGAUGAGACAACAAACCAAUAGAUCUACAGCGAUAUUAUUGGCAGUUGCGACCCUAUUUUUCAUUGCCGAAUUUCCAAGAGGGAUGCUAUGGUUACUGAAAACGAUUGAUCAUUAUGGUUGGUACGCAUGUUACUAUGAACUGGUAGGGAUAUUUGUAACGAUAGUUAAUAUUAAUGCAUCCAUCACAUUUAUCGUAUACUACACCCUGAGUCAGCAAUUCAGAACCACAUUUAAAUCCUUGUUCAGUCGUAAACCACGUACUAGUAUUUCUUAUCAAACACACGCGCCUCUUGCUUCGGGUGACACCGAAGAAACAAAUUCAGGAUGGAAAACUUCCGAAGUUUAGCAGCAAUGGUACUUUCUGCUAAAAAGUUGAGGACAUUUUCGACAAAGUGUAUAAAAAAUCAAAGCAGACGAUUCGACCCUCGAGAAUUUUUUCAGCAAGACGAGUCUCGAGUGGUUCGCGGGGUUAAGAAAAACAUGAUAAUUUGUAACUAGAAGACCUGUUUAACCGCGUAGCGAAUAUUUUAGAUUUGAAUAGCGUUUAUUUUGAAAAUUCACACUGUGUUCGUAUGAAGCUCUUAAUUUGUGAACAGUGAUUUAAAAUCAAAACUCCAACAGUAUACAUCUUUAAGAUUUCUAGUGAAGUUUUACGAUAGGCCUACUCUUACAAAUUUGAAAUUUUUUACUCAAAUUUAACCAAUUUUUUUUGAAAAUUUGGAACGUUUUAUUUAUGCUUUUAUUGAUAGUGUUUAGGUAGGUAAGUACUUACCUAAUUAGGUAAUUCCCAUGCGGGAAUUUUUCAUUCAUUUCAUUAUUUUUAUAAGUUCUUUACUUUCUACUCUUCAGCAAUAGCUAGAAUAUCUAUACAAUUUUAUUUUCAUUAAGGACUAAAUUAUA